GCUAGCUCCCAGCCGUCUCGCUCUUCUGCUCGUGUCCUGGGCUUGCUUGCUCUGUCUGUCUCCGGGACUCCCGGGCCGCCCUUCGGAGAUGAGAUCGGGGUCGUCGUCCCAGGCCCGCCCUUCCCGCUCACUCCAGGGCUAGGCAGAGCCGGGGGCUACACCGGACAGUUGGACCUGCAGACGCACAGACCCACACCUGGGAGAGGAGCUGCGGCGCGGCACCCCGUCACCAUGGACCCUCCAUCGCUGGAUGCAGCCAUCCAGCACGCCCUGGCAAGCCUCUACCCUCCUUUUGAGUCCACGGCACCCAUUGUCCUGAGUCAGGUGUUCCGGCUGCUGGACUCUGACUUCCAGGGGGACGGGCUGAGCUUCCUCCUGGAUUUCCUGAUCCCUGCCAAGCGCCUGUGUGAGCAAGUGCGUGAAGCUGCCUGUGCUCCCUACACCCACCGCCUCUUCAUGCAUGAGGGCUGGCCACUCUGCCUGCAGGAUGAGGUUGUGGUCCACUUGGCUCCACUCAAUCCCCUCUUACUGCGCCAGGGUGACUUCUACCUCCAAGUGGAGCCCCGGGAGGAGCAAUCUGUCAGCAUGAUGAUCAAAUGCCUCUCCUUGGACCUCCGUACAGUGGACAAGAAGGCUGUUCCCGAGUCAUCCCACCCUCUGCUUUUCACUCAAGAGUGGCUGGAGGCCAUCAACAGUGACUUUGAGGGAAGACCCUUGCACAACUGCCUGGUGGCUUCAAAGAAUGGGAUUGCCCCUGUGCCUUGGGCCAAGAUCACCAGCCCAGAGUUUGUGGAUGGUCGGUCCCAGGCAAUGAUGGUCCCUUCACCUGCCUGGGACUCCCUUCCACUGGAGGCACUUGAUCUGAGCAGCUCCCAGGAGCUGCACCCGGCCAGCUCCUCAGGCAGCCAGGUGCUUCUGGCCCAGAAUUCAGUCAAGGAUAAGGGUAGGACACCUAGGAGCAAGUAUCCGGGACUCAUCAAGGUGGAGCAAGCCAAGCCUGGGGAGGUGGCCUUCAAGAUGGACAGUGGGCUCAGCCAGGCCUUAGAGGGAGACUAUGUGGCUCUCCUGGACUUUUCCCAAGAAAAUAGAGGAAAGUCUCCCAGGGAGGGAGUAGAGGCAUCCAGUGGGUGUACUUUGGGGGCACUAAAGGAACUAUGUGGGACUAGGGAGAUUCCUCUGUCUCAAAGGACAUUGGCUCUCUCAGAUCCUGAUGGGGGGUCUUCCUUGCAAAACUGGGAUUGUGCAAAGCCAGCAAACUCAGAGGAGGAGCCCUGUAUUUUGGGAUUGGAGAGAAAAGUCAAGCAUAAAGGGCUUUCCCACAACUCAGAGCGACAGCCCUACAUUAGUGUUCCUAAGGAGCCACUGGACUAUGCCUCUGGCCUCUGGGCAGGUGUCUCAGAAGAGCCAGCUACCUCCAAGAUGCAAGGACCUCUGGGAAACCCAGAGACUGUGGUCCAGCUCAGGCCUGGACCAAGACAAGCAUCUUCUCCCCGCCUGUCCCCAGCUUUUCCUUUAGGUCCAGCCUCUGAAAUCAAGGUGGAGAAGACCAAGCAGGGAGACAGAAGACUUCCCAAGCCCAUGGCCCAUGCUAGUCAGAACACCUCCUCUUCUUCCUCCUCUGGGUCCCACACUGCUGGUCUCAAAUUCUCCUUCUUGAAGGGGCAGAGGCGAUCCCCUGUGCCCCAGGACAGAGCUUCACUCCAGCAUGACAGGCCUUGGAAAGUUCUGUGUUCACUGUACUCUCCCAAGCCACACCGAGCUAAGCCCCUAGAGAAAGAUGGAACAACUCAGACAAAAACAUCUGGCCCUGUUGCUGACUCAGACCUACUGUCUGGGAAGAAGGCUGGCUUCCCAGAAGCUGCGGCAGGCCCCCCUGAAAGAGGCCCUGGCCUGGAGGAGGAGCCCCCAGGGCCUGAGCCCAGGAUUAGGACCAUGAAUGCUGAGGUCUUCCACUCCAGGAUAGCCUGCUUGCCAGGUGGUCGGGACAGGGCAGGGCGGCCUCUUCUUCUGGUGUACACUGCAGAGGAGGCCUGGAAAGCACCAUGGUGCACAGCCUCGGAGAUCACCAAGCUGCUGUCCUACCUGUGCAGCAUCCCCAGGCCAGAAGAUAAAGCCAAGGGGCUGGUGGUUGUGAUUGAUGCCAGGAAACAGCCCCCACCGCCUGCUCUGGUCAGCGCCCUGCAGGCCACCCAGGCUGUGGCUCUGGCCUCCCUCAGCGCACUGCUCAUCCUGGGAGAAAAUGAGGAUGCUGUCCAGCUGCAGGUGUCCCCUGACAUCCAGGUGGAGGUGCUGGCCUCACUGAAGGCCCUCAGCCACCAUGUGGACCCCAGCCAGCUGCCUGCAGCCCUGGAAGGCCCCUUCCCCUACUCCCACAGCGAGUGGGUGCAGUUCUUCCAGAAGGUGGAUCCUUUCCUUGCUGAGCUUCACCAGGCCUCCUCUCUGCUGCGGGCUUCCAUCAAGGAGUUUGAGAAGGGCGACCCCCCUGGGGGGGUGCAGGAGGCCACCAGGUGUCUGAGCAAGUCCAAGGAGCUGAUGGAGGCCGUGCUGAGAGACCCAGGCCUGCUGGGCCUGCAGCAGGAAGGUGGGGCCACCCUGGCCAGGCUGCAGUGUGAGGCCAGCAGGCUGGACUCUAACCCUGACAUCAGGAGCCAUCUGGCUGAAGCAGCUGCCCUGUACAGCCUCGUGGAUGAGCAGCUUCACGUCCUGGUCACUGCAUCCAACCACCUCCUGGGGAGACUGGAGCUCCGCAUCCGCCUGGGCCGCCUGGAGGCUGCCAUCUGCCAGGUCAGCGACUGGAUGGAGCAGGAAGGGAGUCAGUGCCUGCAGGCGCUCACCCCCAAGGAUGGAAGUAUGGAGACAGUGGCACGAGCCCACGCCGAGUUCGAGGCCUUCUUCCUGCAGGCCGCCGCCCAGUACCGCCGAGGCCUGGAGCUGUCCAAGCAGGCAGCCCAGCUGGAAGCCGUGGCCAGAGGGGCUGGCGAGGCUGGAGGCCAGGGGCUCCCAGACCUGGGGGCCUUCACCGCCACCCAGCGGGCCUUCCAGGCCAAGCUGACCCACUUCUACAUGGCGGCUGAGCGGCAGCGCACAGACCUCGACACCCUGCUGCACCUGCAUCGCUUCUGCAAGAAGAUGACCUGGUUCCACAUGGAUUGCCAGGACCUGGUGAGCCAGCUCAGGCUGGGCAAGGCUCAGAGGGCCAGCCCCGGGGACCAGCGCCGCCUGCACCGCUACCUGCAGCGCCUGACGUCUGAGUUCCCUGCCGAGAAGUUGGCAGCCAUGGCACUGCAGGUGGCCUCCCUGAGCCGGGCAGGCCUGGGUCAGGACCUGUGGCAGGAAGCCCAGGGGAGACACCAGGAGAUCCAGAGCCUGCUCAAGAAGGUGCACUGCCUGUGCCCAACGGACUCCAUUGCCCACUUGGCACCCUCGGAACUAAGAGGGGCAGCAGCCAAGGGCUGGGGUCUGAAUGGAGAAAUGGCUUCCAAGGGGAGGUGGGACCUGCCCCUGCAGGACUCUUUGGGUGUGGAUCAUUUGCCAAAACCCUGCUGGCCUCCUUGGGCUGCCAGAAACCGGCAGAAUAGAACUUUUCAGGCAGACCCUCCAUGCCUCAGCAAGGUGGUGAGGGCUGAUGUUGGCAAAGGCUCCCAGGAGCUCCUGGAGCGGUCUCGUGUCACCCUCUUCUCCUGGCAGCAGCUCUCCAGGAAGAGCCAGGUCUCCUGCCCCACUGGGGACAGCUUCUCCUCAGAGGGGACAGACUCACAGACAUCUCUGGAGGACUCACCCCAAACAAGUCCACCUGCAUCCCUCUAGCUGGGGACACCCUCAUGGCACAAGGCUCUGGGGUGGCUGGACAAGAUCAGCUGGAGGGAGAGCUGGGGCACCCUGUCAGUCUCUUGGAGAUGUGACUACCGAACAGCUGGGCUGUGCUAGGAGGACAGGAACUGUGCACCUGCUUCUGGUUGCAGAAAACUUCAGGAAGGCCCACUUCCCACAUGUGCAGAAUAGGGGGGUGUGGGAGCCAGGAUCCCCAAGCAAUAAGGCAUUGAUUGGCCCUGUAACUCCAGGGUCUCUGCAUGGAAGGCCUGUUGGUAUUGUUGCCAAGGGCUCACCUUCAGGUGGCCUAGCACACUCCCCUCUGGGGGGCACCAGGGCCAGCAUGGUCCUCCUACAGGAUACAACACACAUGGGCUCUUGUCUUAGGGUCACAGGGAAACAGACCUUGGGACAAGGACUCUAGUACAAGUGCUUUUGACAGUGACCCCAUGAGCCAGGUCAGUCUGAGAUGGGAGUAAAGCAAGGAUGUGGAGCAGAUUUCCAUGUGGGCAGCUGGAGCACCAUCUGGCUGGGGGAUUCUGGGAGAGGGCGAGGAACACAAGAGCACAGCCUGAGCCUCACCUGAGGGCCAGGCAGGUGAGUUUAAGGCUCUUAGGAGCUGGCACCACGGAUCACAGGGUCAGCGUCCACCUGGGGGUCACGCUGCAGUGGAAGACCAGCUAUGCACUUGCAGAUAUCUCAUUCAGCUCCUCCUCAGGGCAGGGACCCCUUGCUCAGCCAGGGAGCCCCACAGAAUCUUGUCCUUGUACCCCAGAGAGAACCCCUCUCCUGAGGUCCUCUGUCUUCUUCACCUGCCCACCAUGUCCCAGAUGCAGCAUCUCCCAUCCCCACCCAGGCCCUCGCUUCCCUUUCAACACAGUGUCAUUAGGUGCUGUGAGGGCUGGGGAGGAGGCACCCCAGCAGGUGAUGGGGGACUGCAAGAAAGACCUGGUUCCAGGUAGAGCAUCUAGAAGGCUCCAUGCCUUUCACUCAGCCAGAGGAGCGCCCCUAGUGCCUCCCCUGAGCAGCAUGGUGCUGACAGUGCUGACCCCAUGAAAUAGUCUGCAUCACCCAGUCGGACUGGCAGCUUAGAGCGAGUUUCCCAGGCCCCGGAUGAGAGUGUGGACACACAUCUAUUUAUGAGGCUGUGGAGGGGGAAGGAGGCUAGGGUUUUUCCAGAGUCAUCUCAGCAAAAGGUCACAUACACUCAAGGCCCCAGAUGGUUUCGGGAAUCUUCUGCUAGCCACAAGAUUUCUCCAAGUGGGCUGUAUCCUACCUGCUUCGGAACCACGAGUGGAGACGAUGACAAGGCAGCUUCCCGUGGGAACCCACCCCAGAGAGCUGAACUCAGGCUCAGGGCUGGGUGCCUGGAGGUGCGUUUGGAGCUACCUGCUUGGUUCUUUCCCAUGCUGCUCGAUGAGGCGAGGGGUAUCUUAGUCCAUAUGGUGCCAUGAUCACAGAACACCAUGACCUGGAACAUGUGUAUACAAUAGUUUAUUUGGCUCACAGUUCUGGAGGAUGGGAAGUCUGAGGUGGAGGGGCCACAUAUGUCAAGGGCCUGUUUGCUGUUUCAUAACCUAGCAGAGGGCGUCACAUGGUGGGAGAGCGAAGGGGGAGGUCAUCUUUAUAAAGAGGCCACGCCUGCAUUAAUCCCUUCACAGUCCUCAUAACCUUGUCACCUUGUAAAGGUCCCACCCCUCAACACUGCUGCACUGGGGAGAAAGUUUCCAAUGCGUGAACUUUGGGGACACAUUGAAGCCAUCACAGGGUGUUGUUCGGACACCUUGGGGAAAUACACCCCACACCAGCUCUGCUGCUUGCUUUCCCUCCCCCGCACAUCCAGACAGGCCCAGGGAGGCUCGAAGCAUUUGAUCAGUCCAUCUCCAUCCAGGCCUGUCGCCUCAGAGGGGGGUCGAAGGCUCUUAAAAUGUUGUUGCCAUGGAAACAGGAUGUAGCCAGUGAAGACCACAGGCAGGGAGCUGGGAAACCUGGGGCGCAAGGAUGGAAACUGACUUCCGAGAGAGCACAGCUGCUGUGAGGGAGGAAGGGUCUAAAGGAGAGAUGAAUGAUAUAAGAAUCUUUGGGUGGGAAGGGUCCCAAAGGUCACCUUGUGCAUCCUUCUGUCUCCACAAAGAACUACAUGCCAACAACCUCUCUACCCACAGGCAGCACAGGUAUGCUGAAAUGAAGUAUAAUAGUGAAUAAUGAUAUUUGAAUGUCACAUUAACAGCCAACAUUUUUAUUUUCAUUGUGUCUAGCUCUGUGCUAAGCCCCUUAAAGUCUUUAAGGGCUUGUUGGAUGCUUCACAAAAGCCCCAUGAAGCUGAUACCAGUUCUCCCUCAUUUUCCUGAGGAAGAAACUGGGACUUGGAGUUGUUUGGAGAUGGCUUGCCCAGUGUCACAGUGAACAGCAGAGCUGGAUUUACACAACGCCUUGGACCAUUUUCCGGCAAGCCUGGGCUGACUCUGGGGUCUCAGUGGCCAUGGAUUUGUCCCCUCAGCAAUCCUGCUGUACCCGACCACUGCUGCAUGCUCAAGGGAACUGGCUGGGCUGGGCUUGGUCCUCUGGGCAGCACUUACAUCUAGCCCUCUUGUACAUGAGGCAGUGUUGCAGAAUGGUUAGUGCCACAGGCUCUGGCUCUAGAUUGACCCAGUUCCUGCCCUGGCCCCAUCACUUAUAAGCUACGUGUCCUUGGCAAGUGAAAUUCUUCUAUCUCUGAGCCUUGGUUUUCCCGCAUAAAAUACAAACAAUUAGAUCUCAGAGACUUGUUGUAAAUAAGUUAACUUUCCCUCAGAAAGUUGCCUGGAACAUAACAAAUGCUCAUUAAAUGGUAUCUAGUAUUACAUUUUGGCAACAAUCAUGCCAGCUCUUCUUUCAUUAGUGGGAAAAGUGAGGAAAAAAUCUCUCCAGAGACCCUCAAUAAACUCCUCUACUGAUUCCCAAA